AAGAUAGGAAGGGGGAAAUCUGAUAAAAUUAUCAACGUAUUUGCUCCUUUAUCUUCAUUCAUGUUUCCCCCAAACCAAAAUUUGAGGUUUUGAAUUUGUUUAAUUUUCAUCUCCCCUAUUUUUGUAUUUUUUUUCUUCAUCAAAUUUUUGGAAUUGAAUUUCAAUAGCAAGAAUCUACUGCUCCCAUAGAAACAAACGCGGGACGAAAUUUCUAUGUAAUUGCAGUGACAGACUCGCAAAAAUCCCACAAUGCAAUAAACGACGGUGCGAAAAAGACACGCCGUGCGCCGUGGCGUGGGGCCGCCCACCUCACGAGUCGCGUCACCCUUUACCUUCCGUUCCUUUACCAAGAAAUGAAAUCCUCGUCUUUACACAUCCUUGAUUACACAGCUCAUCCAUUUUUCCCGACACAUUUUCUUAAAAAAUUGAAUCUUUCCCGGCCUGUAGCCGUGGAGGAUCUCUUGGAUUUUGUUCAAGAAUGGAGAGCCCUAAAGCAGAUAAGCUGGAUAAUAAUGCGGGCACAGAACAUAAAGCAACGGAAGCACCUUCAACAGUAACAUCACAGGCUGAUUCUGAUGACAUGGAAGCCAGGAAUAUGGUUGUAAAUCCAGGGUCAAGUAAACGGAGUUCAGAUCUAACCCUUCAAAUACCUCCAAGACCUGCGGGUUUGUCAGGCAGCCGCAGUGGCAAGUAUUCGCUCCAUUCUCCAGGUGUCGUAAGUGGAAGUUCUCCUACAGGAGGUUUUCUUCGGGCGUUCAGCUUUAAGAAGAGGUCAACUGGAUCAGAUAGUAUAAGAAGCUCUCUUCUCAGUUCAGAUCCAAAGGUGACUCCUGAAAGCCCUGAGUUUUCAAAUCGUGCAACAACCUUGAACUGGAAAAGAUGUACUUCUCUUCCGGUGACACCUGCCUCGAACUUGUCUCCCCACAUUAUUGUCCCUGCAUCAGCCAGUGAAGGGAAAAGGCCACAUACGGGUGAAUCUCAAGCUACUGUUUCAAGGUCGCUCUCUGUACCUGGGAGGAACGUCUUUAUUGUAAGAUCUCAAUCUUUUGCCGCCCGUGAAAAUCAUGCUCCAGAAACUGAUGGCGAUCAAAUAACUCCUGGUCCUGUCCAUGAGGAUCAAGAGAUUCCUGAAGAGGAAGCUGUGUGCAGGAUCUGUCUUGAUACAUGUGAAGAAAGAAAUACAUUCAAGAUGGAAUGCCUUUGUAAAGGAGCCCUCAAACUGGUGCAUGAAGAUUGUGCAAUUAAAUGGUUUAGCUUGAAAGGCAACAGAGAAUGUGAAGUCUGUGGUAAAGAAGUUUCAAAUUUACCUGUUACAUUGCUUCGAGUGGCAAAUGCUGCUUCGAGAGAGAACCGAGAAACAAACCAACAGAAUACAAUGAGUGCCUGGCAAGAUUUUGUGGUGCUCGUCUUGAUUAGCACAAUAUGCUAUUUCUUCUUCCUUGAACAGCUACUGAUCCAAGAGAUGAAAAAUCAAGCACUUAUACUUGCUGCACCAUUCUCUUUCACAUUGGCCCUUACGGCAUCAAUUUUUGCGGUUGUCCUAGCAAUUAAAGAGUAUAUAUGGACCUUUGCAGCUCUGGAGUUCGCUCUCGUGGCAUUGACUCUCCAUUUUUUCUAUACUCUGCUUCACUUGCCUCCAAUCUAUGCAAUCUUGAUCUCAUCGUUCUUGGGACUUGGAAUUGCUGUACUCCUUAACUCUUUGUAUAUGAAAGUAUUUUCCUGGCGUGUACAUGUUCCUCAAUCGUCUAACCCUGCAUGAUUGCGAUUGCUGAGACAAGAAAUCGGCUGAAUAUAUUGGUUCUUGGUAGUGUAAACACACUUGGCUCGUCCGCAAAGAGUACAGGAACUUGGCACAUAUUAGAUGCCCCUACCCUGCUGCAAAGUUUGUCUAUUCAGCGGCUACUCCAGACAGUUCAAGUGCAUUCAAAGGGACGGCAUAUUUGUUUCUGAAGCCCCCAGCUAGUUGACAUUAGUAAAUACCACCCACCCUAUUGGCAUCCAUGCUGCAUCUAGGGGCUUUUAAGGUAGUAGAAAUUUGUAUAAAUUAGUGUGGCAAAUAGACAUUUUUCUUGUUCCAUUUUGGAGUUGUAUCCCUUCUGUCCCCCGUUAAUGUUUUCUUAAAGUGAGUAUAAUAUACUUCAGUUUGCUUAAUAA